AUGCGAUCCCUGUUCCUAUUCCCCAUCAUCUGGCAUCUUGCUCUGGCAGCCAGCGUUCGAAGCAUUUUUCUGUUCAAAGAUGUCAUGAAAUCCAAUACAACAGCCCUCAAGACGUCGGGCUUUAAUACUCUCAUCAUGUUUGGCCUGGGCAUUUUGAGCAAUGGCGACAUCAUGUAUUAUUCCAACACGCCUGGAAAUCAAGAUGUGCGAGUUGGUUCUGGCGGGGUCUAUGUUGGGAGUGAUGCUCUGGCCCAAAAGGUGCGCUCGCUGAAAACGGGGGAAACCGGCGUCACGAGGCUGGAGAUUUCGAGGAACGCCCAGAAUGUGAGAAAUCUCAUAAUGACACCAGGCCCAGAGCCAGAGACGCCUUUUUCGGUUGCCUUUGGAAGAAUGCUGGGCCAGAUCGGAUACAAAUACACCAUCGCACCAUAUACAAACGCCCAGUUCUGGCUCAACGUGAAGAAUCAACUUAAUCAGGGGCUCAAGGAACAAAACUGGCUGCUUGAUCGAGUGUAUCUACAAUGCUACGACGGCGAGGCAUACAAUAACCCUCCUGAAUGGCAGACAUUUUUGGGGCUGAAGGUUGUUCCUCUGAUCUGGGUCAUUAAUGACGUCAAACCGGUUUACGGCGCCACUGCUGCUCAGGCGCGAACCCGACUUACCCAGUGGCAUCCACAAAGUACCCUUGCCGGAGGAGGGUACUGGAACGACUACGAUAUCGAAAAGAUGGGGUUGUCGUAUCGGGAUUAUUGCAACGUACUGACCAGCAUAUUUCCGUAG